AACGACAUCGUACUUGAUUACUCAACUGAUAGAAUUGAUUGCAUUAACACUUCUCAGUCACACGUUCCGAAUUGUACUGCUAUAAAGCAAGACAUCAGCAUCGUGGACUUCACCAUUCGUUUACACGACGCAGCAACGGACCACGAUUAAGAUGAAGUGCACACUGUUGCUGAUACUGCUAGUGGUCUUCACGAUAAGCCAUCAGACAGAAGGCAAAAUCAGACUGCGAAAAAUCUGGCAAAAAAUAAAGGAUAUAGCAGAAAUAAUAAACAAGCUACGCAAGCGAGAUCUCGCGGAGUUUGAAAACAACAUGGACGGACUAACGGACCAGCUACAACUGGAAGAUGCCUUGGACACGCCGGUCGCGCGGGAAAUCCUGAACGAAGAUGGAAAUUCCGAGGCCUCUAUGGAAGAGUUCCAACGAUUCAUGGCAGAGAUGAGCAAAGCGGAAUGAACUGACAUCAACAACUGAUCUGCCAGAAUAUCAACGACAGGCUGUCAGUGAGAUAAUCUCGCUUUAAUACAAAUAAAAUUUGCCCAAUCAAA